AUGAUGUUUAUGCUUCUCAGCACCGGAGGCCGCGUCCCAGAGCCGGAUGGUCUCGUCCUCGGAGGCGGACGCCACUGUCUGCCCGUCAGCUACAACGAAGCGAUGACUAUCACCGAUAAUUAUCCAAUGGAGGGAGCUCGAUUGUACGGCUCGUCCCUUGAAUUCCUACUGGCGGACCGGUACGGCUCUGGCGAUCCCUCAUAUUCCUACUGGCGGAUAGGCACCGGUAAGGCGCCCGUCCGCGUUACGUGGGAAUUGAGGGAUUGGGGUCACGUGUCACAGGGCCAGGUCGUCGCCAGCUGGCUCGCCCGUGACAACAUGGGUCCCAGGACUCCUGCAUAA